AUGAACUAUCAUCGAAAUCCUUCUCUAAAUCAUAAAUAUAAAACACUCAUAAAAUCUCAAUUUUAUUUCCAAUCCCUCAAAACUGAACCUCAAACCAUAAAUGAAGAAAAGGAAAAGAUAGUGAAUCUUAUGAAAAUUUUGAAAUAAGAGGAAAUACUAUUUUCAGAAAAUAGUGAAAGAGAUCCUAUUGAGAAAAAAAAGGCUCGAUCUUAGAAAUUAUCUUGUGAAUGUACCAUCUAUUGA